ACAGUUCACACAUGCCCGCUGAAUUGGGACUGGUACAGCGUUUUGUGCUUCCUAAAGAUGGCGUCUGUUUCGACGUCGUCCGAAAGCAAGAGAAAAUUAGAAACAGACGAAGAAAACGGUGGCGAUGGCGGAGGUGAAGACGAAUGGGUCGGACCGUUGCCCAGUGAAGCUGCGGCGCAGUCAAAGAAAAGAAAAGUACUGGAGUUCGAGCGCGUGUACCUGGACAACCUGCCGUGCGCGGCCAUGUACGAACGGAGCUACAUGCACAGGGACGUGAUCACGCACAUCGCGUGCUCCAGCAGGACUGACUUUAUAAUCACUGCCAGUCAGGACGGCCAUGUGAAAUUCUGGAAGAAGAAGGAGGAUGAAGGGAUAGAGUUUGUGAAACACUUUCGUAGCCACCUAGGGGUGAUCGAGUGUAUUUCAGUCAGCGCAGAAGGAGCUCUUCUCUGCACUGUGGGGGAUGACCAGGCCAUGAAAGUGUUUGAUGUUGUCAACUUUGACAUGAUCAAUAUGCUCAAGCUUGGCUUUCAUCCUGGCCAGUGUGAAUGGAUCUACAAUCCAGGAGAUGCCAUAUCCACAGUGGCCUGUUCUGAGAAGUCAACAGGGAAAAUAUUCGUUUAUGAUGGACGAGGGAAUAACCAGCCACUACACGUGUUUGACAAAAUGCACACCUCCCCCUUGUCCCAAAUUUGCCUAAACCCGCGGUUUCGGGUCAUUGUCUCUGCUGACAAGUCCGGUAUGUUGGAGUACUGGACCGGUCUCCCAAAUGAAUUCAAGUUCCCUAAGCACAUAGAGUGGGAAUACAAGACGGACACAGACCUGUACGAGUUUGCCAAGUGCAAAACGUAUCCCACCAGCCUCGCCUUCUCGCAGGAUGGCAAAAAAAUGGCCACCAUUGCGUCUGACCGCAAAGUGAGGAUUUUCCGCUUCCUGACUGGGAAACUGAUGAGAGUGUUUGAUGAGUCAUUGACAAUGUUCACUGAGCUGCAGCAAAUGAGACAGCAGCUUCCCGACAUGGAAUUUGGACGCAGGAUGGCUGUGGAAAGGGAGCUGGAAAAGAUGGACGGCAUCCGACUGACAAACAUAAUCUUUGACGAGACAGGACAUUUUGUUCUUUACGGAACCAUGUUGGGCAUCAAGGUCAUUAAUGUGGAGACCAACAGGUGCGUUCGGAUCCUAGGAAAACAGGAGAACAUUAGAGUGGUGCAACUGAGUCUGUUCCAGGGCAUUGCCACGGCUGACAAAACUGCACCUACCAUUGAGAUGAAAGCCUCAGACAACCCCGCCUUGCAGAGGAUAGAGCCUGACCCAACUAUCUUCUGCACUGCCUUCAAGAAGAAUCGCUUCUACAUGUUCACAAAGCGGGAACCUGAAGACACUAAGAGUGCUGAUUCUGACAGGGACAUCUUCAACGAGAAGCCCUCCAAGGAGGAGGUCAUGGCAGCCACACAGGCUGAGGGCCCCAAAAGGGUGUCGGACAGUGCCAUCAUCCAUACCACCAUGGGGGACAUUCAUAUCAAACUCUUCCCUGUGGAAUGCCCAAAGACUGUGGAGAACUUCUGUGUUCAUAGCAGAAAUGGUUAUUACAACAGCCACGUAUUCCAUCGUGUCAUUAAGGGCUUCAUGAUACAGACGGGAGACCCCACUGGCACAGGAAUGGGCGGGGAAAGCAUCUGGGGUGGCGAAUUUGAGGAUGAGUUUCAUGCUACGCUGAGGCAUGAUCGCCCAUACACCGUCAGCAUGGCCAAUGCUGGGCCUAGCUCCAAUGGCUCACAGUUCUUCAUCACUGUUGUCCCAACUCCUUGGUUGGACAACAAGCACACAGUUUUUGGGAGGUGUACAAAAGGAAUGGAAGUUGUCCAGAGGAUUUCCAAUGUCAAAGUCAAUCCUAAAACAGACAAACCAUAUGAGGAUGUUAGUAUCAUCAAUAUAACUGUAAAGUAAUUAAAACUGCAUUCUGGUCUGUUUGUACAUCAUGAGCAUUUUCUUAUUUUUAAAAUAAAGUGACUUUUUAAGAAGGUGUAAAUUUAUUUUUUUUUGGAUACGUUCUUUCUAAAGGUGUGGUGGUGGAUGAUGACAAGGAUGUGUUGACCGUACAACUGACCGCAUCCAAGAUGCACAAGAUCAUGCAACAUGCGCAUUCAUCAAUUUGUAUUUAUUUAGCAUAACACAUUAUACAAAAGCAUGAUGAAAUUCACAAGUUACAAAUGUAUGUUUACUGUGCUUUCACAUGUUGAGGUUAUGCUAAAAACGUAUUAUUCACACAAGGACAACCGUAGGUAAAAGAUGGAAUCCAAUGCAUAAGGUUUCACAUGCUCUUUUAAAUAAGUAGUUAACUUUACAUAGCAUUUAUGCUGAAAGAGGACAGUAAACAGUAAAACUGAAUUCCUUUGAAACAACCAGAAGUGCUUCCUCUAUACUGUAAGCUUAUAAGUAGUACAGGUUGAGAAAAAUUGCAAAAAUGACCUAGUUCCUUGACCUCACUAAACAGAAAAGUUGUAAUAACAUGGGUUAGAAAGGAGCUGGUUUAAAAAAAAAAAAAAAAAA